AUGUUCCUCUCUACAAGAUAUAAUCCUUUUCAUGAAUUAGACAGAACCUUCAAUUAUUUUUGGGAUGACGAUUUUACUGAUUUCUUCUCUACCAUUAGAGUUCCUCAAACGAGAAGAAUUUCAAAAGAAGAGCAAUUGAAAAGAAAACUUAAUCAGCUACACUAAGAAGAAAACGAAAUCAAUCACUAUAUUAAGCAAUAUGAAUCUUAAAUCGAAUAAUUGAAGUAAAAUAAAGAACAUGUUGAGAAAUAAAAAAAUUUCAUCACUGAAUAAAUAGCUAAAAUUGCUGAAAUUAAUAAAAAAGAACUAGAAAACAAUUAAAACUAACAACCUAAUAACAGUGAAAAUUAAAAAUCUGAAAGCCAUGUAUUUAAGAAAGUUCACUACAUUUCUGAUGGAAUGGAAAUAGAAGAGCAAUAUGAUAGCACUAAUCCUAAGAACUGCUAUAAGAUAAUUAGAAAAUAAGGAGAAGCUCCAUAAAUAAUUAGUGGAGAACAGAAACAUGCUUAAAUUGAAUAAAACAAUAAAGAAGAGUAGUAAAAAGAAUAAAGAUAGAAACUAGGUAACGGGAUUGAUGAAAAAUUAGAAUAACUCAGUAAAAUGAGUGGAAAAACUCUUUCAGAACUUGAAAAUUUUGUUAUUGAAAAUAAAGAUUUAACUAUUGGAUAACUUUAUGAUAAAGCAAAUGAACUAAAAUUAAUUUGA